AUGAUGAGCUCAGGACUUCGUUAUUCUCUCGUGUCUUUGCUUGCUCUGGGCGGCAUCCCAUCCUUCUCUUGGGCUUCACCACUAAAGGUGAAUGUUGAUGCCCGUGCCGAUAGUUGGCCCUAUGGACCGCUUGUCACAUCUGGUCGUGACAUGAAAAAUACGCGAGGUGAAAAUGUCGUCUACGCCGGUACUAAUUGGCCAGGCCACGGAGAAGUAAUGAUCCCGGACGGACUGCAGUAUCAGUCUAUCGAGAGCAUCGUUUCCAAGAUCAAGAGCGUGGGCAUGAACGCAAUCCGCCUAACGUACGCCAUCCAGAUGAUAGAUGAGAUCUAUAGCAACAAUGGCAAGGAUACGACUGUGAAGGACUCGUUUACUAAGGCGCUGGGCCAAACAAACGGACCAAAAGUUUAUAGUCAAUUCCUCGCGAAGAACCCGUCUUUCAACGAUAGUACUACUCGCCUGCAAGUUUUCGACGCCGUCGCUGCCGAGUGUGCCAAGCAAAAAGUGUUUGUGCAUUUAGACAAUCACAUGUCCAAAGCUGCCUGGUGCUGCUCUACCAAUGACGGAAAUUCUUGGUUUGGAGACACAGAUUACAACGUAGAAAACUGGACCAGAGGACUCUCGUAUAUGGCGAACCACGGGAAAAAUUGGCCGGCGCUGACGUCGAUGUCACUACGCAACGAGCUUCGCAAACCGGACAGCAACCCAACGCUCAGCAGCCAAUCCUACAACUGGCGAGACUGGUAUACGAAUAUCAAGAAAGGCACGAGUGCGAUCAACUCGGCAAACCCCAACUUGCUGAUCUUCCUGUCGGGCCUCGAUUUCGACACGUACGUCACACCAGUGGUCCAGGGCACGGCAUUUACACCAGGAAGCGCCAAGUUCAGCGCGGCCGACUUCAAGGGCUAUGCGAACAAGCUGGUGCUGGAAAUCCACAACUAUCAGAACAGCGCGAACAACUGCAAUAGCCUCAAGAGCUCCCUGUACAAUAGCGGCUUCCAGGCGCUGCACGCGGACGACUCCAAGGCCGUGAACGUGUUCCCGGUGCUGUUGACCGAGUUUGGGUUUGACAUGACGGGCACCGCGUGGCGGGGGACGUAUGCUACUUGCAUCGCCGAAUACCUGGCAGAGCAGAAGGCCGGGUGGUUCAUCUGGGUCGUAUCAGGAAGCUACUAUAUCCGCUCGGGAAGGCAAGACUACGAGGAAACUUGGGGGUUGCUAAAGCAUGACUGGUCGGAUUGGAGAUCGUCGGCGUAUGUUGAGGGAGGCUUGAAGCCCCUUGUGAAGGCGACCGCGCAGGGGUGA